AUGCCUGUUGUCACGGAGAGCUCAACAACAAUGGCAGAGCACAACAAAUGGAGAAGACCCAGAAGCCAAUUCAGCCAACCCAUUUCAGAUACAGAUCCAACUCCCUCCAUUAUCCAAUCUACUCGAUGCAAAUCCACCAUCUCCUCUCUCCUCCUCUCCAGCUUCACCACCAACACCAACGAAACCUUACCCACAAGCCUCAACAAGAAAAAGACAAACUUUUCCUCAUCAACAUUCAGAGGCUUGGGUUGUGCAGCCUCUGCCUCACAACAAGUCUCAGUUCCAGCAGUGAUUCGGAACUCCGCUGAUUGGCAAGGAAAGAAGGUAAAGAAGAAAAAACAAAAGAAGAAUAUCAACACCAAGAACAAUACAAGAAAUGACAAGAAUGAAUACAAGGAUAAGACCCAGCACCAAGGAGCGGUUGAUGGGCCUAGCUUUGGUUUAAAUUCUGCAACUUGUAUCGAUUUUCAAGAUGUCUGGUGCGGUCCUGGAAUUGGGUUCUCAGCAGAAACUGCUGGUUCUGUGGAUUGUGUUGUGGCUAGGAGGAAUGUCUCUGGUAGAGGCAAGAUUGAUGGGGAUAAACUGAGCAGCCACAGGGAGCGUCCUUGUUUAGCAAGGCGAACUGUGAGCCCUGAAACUGUCUCGUUUCUGGAUUCUGAACCUGAUUUUGUCACGAGCCGCCCUGAAUCAGAGGUCUUUGGAGGUAGGUGUUAUCGGCAUGUUCGGCAUCCAUCCCCUGAAGGCCUUGCAGAGAUUAUGCUGUUUCAAAGUAGUCUUCUAAUGGGUGGAAGACUUGAUCGAUUUAGGGACUGGAGACUUGAUGUUGAUAACAUGUCAUACGAGGAGCUGCUCGAGUUAGGUGAUAGAAUUGGUCAUGUGAGUACUGGAUUAAAAGAACAUGAAAUAAGCUGCUGCCUUCGAAAGAUUAAGCUUUCAAUGUUGAGUGAUCUGUCACCACAUUCAUCGGGGCAAGUUGAUAGGAAAUGCAUCAUUUGUCAAGAGGAGUAUGAAGUAGCAGAUGAUCUGGGCAGCCUGCAUUGUGGACAUAACUUCCACUUACAAUGUAUAAAACAGUGGCUUGCACAAAAGAAUACUUGCCCUUUUUGUAAGGUUGAAGCAAUAUCUAGAUGCUAA